UGAGCGGGGCCCGGUUCCGGCCGGCGGGGUCACGGCGCUGCGCGCUGGGCCGUUCGUCCUGGGCGGGCCGGGAACGCAGCCGCGCCUUCUGCCCCGAGCAGGGCCCGGCGGGAAGGGCUGGGCUGUCCCCGGGGAGCCGCCGGGCCUGCGGGCCGAGCUGUGGUGGCCGCCGGGGGAGCGGGCUCGGUCUGCGCCGCCGGGAAACGGAGAGAAGUUCUUCGUAGCAGCUGAUCAGCGACUAUGAGCUUACUAUAUAGUGAUAACAGUCGUGGAGCCCGAGACAUGGAAAGUGGCUGCUGUGCAGCCAUGGCCAGUGCCUGCAGCGCCGGAGCAAAAGAAGACAGCGUUGGCAGCAGCACUGGAAACCCUCCAAGCUCUUUCACAGAGGAAACACAAGGAUAUGAUGUGGAGUUUGAUCCACCCUUGGAAAGUAAAUAUGAAUGUCCAAUCUGCUUGAUGGCCCUUCGGGAGGCAGUACAGACACCGUGUGGGCACCGUUUCUGCAAAGGCUGCAUUGUCAAAUCAAUAAGAGAUGCAGGUCACAAAUGUCCAGUAGACAAUGAAAUUCUGCUUGAAAAUCAACUUUUUCCUGACAACUUCGCUAAACGAGAAAUCCUUUCAUUAAUGGUUAAGUGUCCCAACAAGGGCUGCAAUAUGAAGAUGGAGCUGAGGCAUUUAGAGGACCACCAGUUGCAGUGUGAUUUUUCCACUGUGGACUGCCCGCAGUGCCAAGGAGCCUUACAGAAGAACCAUCUGAAAGAGCACAUGACACAGGAGUGUCCGAGGCGUCAAGUCUGUUGUCCAAACUGUGCCACAUCUAUGGCCUAUGAAGAUAAAGAGCUUCAUGACCAGACCUGCCCACUCGCCAAUGUAUUUUGUGAAUAUUGCAACACCGUGCUCAUCAGAGAGCAGAUGCCUAACCAUUAUGACAAUGACUGUCCUACUGCCCCAGUGCCAUGUUUUUACAGUGCCUUUGGGUGUCCUGAAAAGAUGCAAAGGAAUGAACUGGCACGACACAUGCAGGAGUUCACCCAGGUUCACAUGAGAAUGAUGGCUCAGAGUUUUCAGAAUAUCAGUGUUACUGCUACGAAUCCCGUACCCUUCAUCAACGGCCUACCCUUUGAGCCUGCCCUCUUCUCUCACAUGUCGCAUGCCGCAUAUGAUUGUAAUCCAGAAGUUGAAAACUUCAAAGAAACUAUUCAGCAGUUGGAAGGUCGUCUGGUAAGACAAGAUCACCAAAUCAGAGAGCUCAUUGCUAAAAUGGAGACUCAAAACACUCACAUAGCAGAACUCAAACGUACUAUCCGAAAUUUGGAGGGAAAGGUUACUGAAAUGGAGGCACAGCAAUGUAAUGGUAUUUAUAUCUGGAAGAUUGAGAACUUCAGUGGACUUCAGAAAGCCCAGGAGGAAGAGAGACCUGUUGUGAUGCACAGUCCUGGCUUCUACACUGGAAAGCCCGGCUACAAGCUGUGUUUGCGCCUACAUAUCCAGUUACCAAAUGCUCAGCGUUGUGCUAAUUUUAUAUCUCUGUUUGUCCACACUAUGCAAGGAGAAUAUGACAGCCAUCUGCCUUGGCCUUUCCAAGGCACUAUACGACUUUCUAUUUUGGAUCAAUCAGAAGGCCCUGAAAGGCAGAAUCAUGAGGAAGUAAUGGAAGCCAAGCCAGAGUUACUCGCCUUCCAGAGACCGACAAUUCACCGCAAUCCAAAAGGGUUUGGUUAUGUGACUUUCAUGCACCUGCAAACCUUGAAACAAAGAACCUUCGUAAAGGAUGACACCCUUCUGGUGCGCUGUGAAGUUCUAACGCGUCUAGAUUUAAACAGUCUCCGCAGGGAAGGAUUUCAAGCUCGCAGUGCUGAUGGAGCUGUGUAGACUGUAACAUAUGACCUGUGUCGUCAUCGGUGAGUUCUCAGUGGACAGCUUGGCCAUAUCAACCUCCAGCUGCCGUGGGUAUUUCCUGCCUCGUUAGACAACAGGAGCUGGGCCACCCUCAACACUUGGGAGGGGAAGAAAAGCCUGUUAACUACUGUGAGGAAAAAUUGCAAUCCUGUUUGCUCUUAGGAAAAAAAUCAGGCUUCCAUAGUUACUAAUUUACCAAACACUAGAUUCAUUAUGUCAAGAAUUCAUGAGCUUCUUAAUGUUGCAUGUAUUGUUUUCUGUACUGAUUGUUUGUAUGACAUAUAAAUGUUAGUUCUGACCAGUCAAAGCUGAGUAGUGCAAGUUCACUGGUGCUAAAAAUGUUAACAUAUCAUGGUGCUGAUAAAGUUCUGAAUCUUGUUUUUAAAAGGAAGGAAGAUAAAAGUUUUAUUCACCCCAUAAAUUAAGGACACAGUCUGAUACCAGAGAAAGAAGUAAGCCAUACAUAAGCAUAUGUAUAUUACUUCUCCAAGCUAGUGAAACAGCCUUAAAGACUUGAGACACUGCAGCUUAAAAGAUAGUGAAGAAUAUUCCAGCUCUUUGGCCUUAUCAAAGCAAUCCCAUUGGGAUCAUCAGUAGGGAAAAUGCAUACACUUUAUAUAUUAAAGGCUAAUGAAAGACUAUUAUAAAAUAUCGAUUUGGGAGGAUACUCUGCCUGCUUGCACAAGAUUACAAGUUCCAGGACCCAACCUACCACUUUGUUCAUCGUACCCAGAUGAGUAAAAUUUAUUUUGCAGAUAGAUCCUAUGAGUUGAAGAGGGACUGUGUUCAUGGAGUAUCGUCACUACCAAAACAUGAACUUCCUGGCCAAUGGUGAAUGCAGUUAGUCAUUGACUUAUUUAGUGUAUUAUUCUGUCUAUUUAGGGGACAGGUGAACAUGUAUUACUCAAAAUAGGAAAAGAUCCAUGCUUUAAAACUGUUUUAAACCUCUUAAGUAAUUUUUAUGCUGAAUAGCCUUACCCUAUUAGCUGAAUUGUUCUUCAGUGUCUUCAGUUAGAGCAUUCCUAGUAGUUAAACCAUUCUUAACCACGAGCUUUUAACGUACUUGACAGUGCCCAGACCCACUAUAUACAGAAGGUACUGCACAGUAGUUCUCCAGUCAUUUUUGAGCUAUGUUAGUUAUCCAUUUUUUUCCAAGAUGCUCGAAGACUACCAUUCUCCUUUUUGUUUUGUUUUGCUGUUUG